UACAGAGAGGAAGAAGCCUCUAUAAAGCUGUCACCAGGAGCCAGCCCAUCCCUCAUACCUGGGUCAGCUGUGCAGAGGGAGCCCCAUCACCACCAUGGAUUUCUCCGGCAAGUACCAACUGCAGAGCCAGGAGAACUUCGAGCCCUUCAUGAAGGCAAUGGGGAUGCCUGAGGACCUCAUCCAGAAGGGGAAAGACAUCAAGGGAGUGUCAGAAGUGGUGCAGAAUGGGAAGCACUUCAAGCUCUGCAACACCACCGGGACAAAAGUGAUCAAGAAUGAGUUCACUUUGGGGGAGGAAUGUGAGAUAGAGACCAUGAUGGGAGAGAAAGUCAAGGCGGUGGUUAACUUGGAAGGUGAAAACAAGCUCGUGACAGCUUUCAAAAACAUCAAGUUUGUGGCCGAACUCAAUGGGGACACACUGAACACUACCAUGACAGUGGGAGACAUUGUCUUCAAGAGAAUCAGCAAGAGAAUUUAGACAAGUCUGCAUUUCAUAUUUUUACUCUGCAAAAUAAAUGUAAU